AAUGUCUGCAGGUUGGUCACGUAGAAUUUCUCGAACCAGACCUUCAAGGACGGCGCCAAAUCCCCGUGGGAUCCUCAGCUGUAUUGAUUUUUGUGCUGUGCACCCAACCUGGACUGACGUCUGCCAUUGCAGAUCUCUCCUCCACCGAACUUGUUGAGUGUCCAGAGGGAACAUACUUCUCCCACCAACAUUGUUUGGAGUGCCCCUCGGGUCAUUUCUGUCCUGGAAAUGUAUCUGCGGCUCAGAGAUGUGACUUGGGAACAUUCAAUCCAUAUACAGGGAGGAGCAGGAUUACUGACUGCAAGCCUUGUUUUCCAGGUCUGAUUACGUCUGAAGACCGUGUGGCGUGCAGGCUCUGCCCAGCAGGUUUCUCCUGCUUUCCAGCCAAUGGAAGCAUCUCAUUAUGUUCACCUGGGGAACAUUCUCCCGAAGGGAUUCUCCAGUGUCUAACAUGUCCUAUCGAUUCCAUUUGCACCUUUGGAUUUGCGCAAAAGUGUGGGACCGGAAAAGAGCCAAACAUCCAUCACACAGAGUGUAAUGACUGCCCCCCAGGCUUCUACUCUGGUGUGUGCGCUAUCAACUGCCUACAAUGUCCUGCAGGAACUUACUGUCCAGACAGUGGGAUGUCUCAGCCGCUCACAUGUCCACCUGGAUCAACUUCCACACUCGGCCAGACCUCAUGCCAUGGAUGUAAUGAUACCUCCUCAAUGUGCCGGGGAGUCAUGCCACCCCUGCGGAGGCUGUCAGACCAAAGGUCAAGUCAACCCACUGCAUGUGUACCAGGCACAUACAAACACCCACAGGAGGCUUCACUCUGUAUUGUAUGUCCAGUAGGUCAUUACUGUGAAGAAGGUAUAGCUAUACCUUGUCCUGCAGGUAGCUAUGGACCCAAAGAAGGUCUUCAGAGGCUGACAGACUGCAUAAUUUGUCCUGCAGGGUUUUACUGUCUGGAAGGGACUUCAGCUCGACCCUCUCCUCAGUUCUUGUGCCCACUGGGUUUCUAUUGUGAGGAGGGCACCGCCACCUCUCACGGGUCACCUUGCCCUGCUGGGACAGCAGGAGAACAAGUGGGUCAGACAAGUAGGACAGCUUGCAAAAGAUGUAGCGAAGGACGAUUCUGUCCUACAGGUUCCUCAGCUCCUGGCUUGCCUUGCGCUCGAGGAAGAUUCUGUCCUGCUGGCACACUGGAGGAAGUCACGUGUCCCAGAGGCACCUUCACUCCUCAUCAAGGAGCGAUAAGUUUGAAGGACUGUCUCAAAUGCCCGGCCGGUUUCUAUUGCCCCGAGGGUACAAGUGACCCCGUGCCGUGUCUGCCGGGCUCCUUUAACCCCUUGGAGGGUCAGGACGAGUUGGCCGACUGCAGAGAGUGCCAUGGGGGCAAGGCCUGCACUCAGGUGGCUCUGACGGCACCAGAUGUGGACUGCAUGCACGGGUUCGUGUGUCCUCCUGGUUCAUCUAAACCCAAUGCCCCAACCAACGCGUGUCCUCCAGGGACACUGAGCAACCGCACGGACCUCACAGAUCGUUCGCAAUGUCAGCAGUGUCCGGCCCGAUACGCUUGUCUUCGAGGAACAGGUGGUAUCCACAGGCCACCUCUCUCCUGUUCUGUCGGCCAUUAUUGUCCACCCGGUACCAAGUUCCCAACCCAGUACAAAUGUCCGGUGGGCACUUGGAGUGGUCAGAGUGGAUUAGAAGCCGAGAUUGAAUGCCAGCCGUGCCCACAGGGCUGGUACUGUUUGGUGGGAUCAGGAGCGCCAUCGGGCCGAUGCAGCUCAGGGCACUACUGUCCAGAAGGGACCGCAUAUGGUUCCCAGUUUCCUUGCCCGGCAGGUACAUACAGCAUCCACAUGGGCAACAGGCAGAAAAAAGAUUGCCUGCCUUGCCCUGAAGGCUCAUUCUGUCUCGAAGGCACCUCCAAACCUGCACCCUGCCCCAUCUCAACAUUUCGCCGUGUGAAAGGAGGUCAGACACUGGAGGACUGCUCUACUUGCCCCGCCGGUUAUUUCUGCUCCCACUCAGCCACCGUUAACCCCAAAGUGUGCGGAGCCGGCAGCUACUCUGACGAAGGCGCUGCAGAGUGUUCUCCGUGCUUGCCGGGCCACUUCUGCAACAAUGAGACCACGAGUGAGGAAGCCAUGUUGAGUGUCAUGGUGUGCCCCCCGGGUUUUCUGUGCUCUCAGGGCUUAGCUCGAGACCCUCGCCGCUCGGCCACCCUCUGUCCUCGUGGCUUCUACUGCCCGGGAGGAGGCAUUGAUCCCCACCCCAUUCCCUGCCCCAAUGGUACGUACAGUGAACAACCUGGUUUAAGUGAGGUCAGCGAGUGCGUGCCGUGUCCUGGGGGGAAGUACUGUUAUUCUCAACACCCUGAGGAGCACCCCAUCACCGCACCUACUGGCCUAUGCCCUGAUGGGCAUUAUUGCCCUAUCGGGACUGGGUACCUGUAUUCCAACCCGUGCCAAGCUGGACAAUACAGGAGCACAGCGUCUGGUCACAGUGGAGAGGCUUGUGUUUCAUGCCCAUCCAGACACUUCUGUGACGGAGCAGGAGUGCACACACCCUCUCUCUGCCCUCAGGGUUUUUACUGUCCCGAAGGAUCAUCCACCGCCCAAACGUGUCCCGAAGGAAGCUAUGGCUCACGCUCAGCUCUCAGUGAUGAGUCUGAGUGUUCCCUUUGCAGUGCCGGUUGGCACUGCGAUGGUGUAGGCCUGACAAAGCCCUCUGGCAUCUGCAAAGGUGGAUUCUACUGCAAAGGGGGAGCCAAGUCUGCAACUCCAUUGGACGGAAAGACGGGUGGUUUGUGCCCUCCAGGAAGUUACUGUCCACCAGCUUCCUCUUCGCCUAUUCCAUGUCCCCCUGGCACCUUCAGCAACAGCUUUGGUCUGGGCAGACCUGAAGAUUGUGUCAGCUGUCCACCAGGGUUGUAUUGUCUCGGUUCCAACAACACCUCCCCGUCUGGCUCCUGCUCUCCUGGAUAUUACUGCACUGGCGGUUCAGCUUCUCCUAUUCAACAUGAGGCAGAGCAGGGUCACUACACACUAGAAGGAGCAGUCAGGCCAGAGCCUUGUCCUCUUGGAACUUUCCAGCCACGCCGAGGUGCACAAUCGUGCGUGCAAUGUCAAGGAGGUCAACUGUGCAACCAGACAGGCUUAUCCCUGCCAUUACAGUGCCCAAAAGGAUCUUACUGUCCUCCAGGAUCUUCUUUUCCUCACCCCUGUCCUACAGGGUGGUAUUCCGAUGAGCCCGGUGGUGAAAAUGUGCAGCAUUGUCGGCCAUGUGAGGCAGGAUGGUUUUGCAGUAAAGCCGGCCUCGCUUCCCCCGAAGGCCUCUGUGACCCUGGACAUUACUGCACCUCGGCAGCCUCCACAGCCUCUCCUGUUGAAGUGGACUCUGGGGGAGUGUGUCCCGCAGGCUACGUCUGCCCUCGUGGGACAAAACAUCCUCAGCAACACCCCUGUCCAAUUGGAACUUGGAGCAAUAGAGUGGGGGCCCAAAACCUGUCAUCCUGUCUGCCUUGCCCCCCUGGACUUUACUGUAACACAACUGGAAUAAUACAACCAUCCGGGAGAUGUGACACAGGGUUUUAUUGUUCAGGGGGCGCAGUGUCUCCAAAGCCCUUUGAUGGUUUGACGGGGGACAUUUGUCCCAUUGGGCACUACUGCCUCAUGGGUUCAGCCUCGCCUACAACAUGCCCUGAUGGGACCUACACAAACACAACAGGUGCAGGAGCAUGCAGAGAUUGCCCUGCUGGGAGCUACUGUUUAUCAGGAGAGGGCAUUCAACCUUGCCCUUUAGGUCACUAUUGUCUUGCGGGGGAUGUUGAGGGCAUCCUGCCCUGCCCUCCUGGGACAUACAACCCUCAAUUGGGGUUCAGCCAAGUGGAGCAGUGCCUCAUUUGUCCAGCAGGCUUUUACUGUGAGGACUGGGGUCUCUCUCAGCCCACUGGGCCCUGCCAGGCAGGUUAUUACUGCAUAGCAGGUGUGAACCUCCCAAAUCCGGAUGGAAAUUACAGCACUGGAGUUGGAGGAGCAUGUCCCAAGGGAAGAUAUUGUCCUGAGGGCACCAGUCUCCCGCUACCCUGUCCCCUUGGAACCUACUCAGAUCUUCUUUCUGUGACAGAUAUCACUGGCUGCAACCCGUGUCCAGCAGGACAAUUCUGUGCUACUGAAGGUCUGAUUCGACCGUCGGGAAAAUGUCAGACAGGAUUUUACUGUCCAGGUGGAGACUCAGCAGCCACAGGCUCGGAAGGAGGUCUUUGCCCACCCGCUCAUUACUGCCUAGAAGGCAGUUCAGGCCCAGCGUCCUGCCCUGCUGGAUCCUACACAAAUCUCACAGGACAAUCCAGGUGUUCACCCUGCCCUGCUGGCUACUACUGCCCAGAGAAGACGAGCGACUUCGCCAAGUUUCCGUGCGUGCCAGGCUUCUAUUGUCCAGAUGGUACAAGACAUGCCACUCAGUACCCAUGUCCUCGUGGCUACUACAACCCCGAGCACAUGACACAGAGUCUGGACAGCUGCCUGCCUUGCCCCCCUGGACACUACUGUGAGAAGGAGAGGCUGACUCAUGUGUCUGGAAAAUGCAAAGCUGGUUGGUUUUGCGUCUCAGCAGCAUGGAAUUCACAGCCAUUUGACCUGGAUAAUUAUACCAACGCUAACUGUCUGUGUCCCGCCACUGCCACAGGGGGCCGCUGCCAGCCGGGCUUUUACUGCCCAGCAGGUAGCUCAGAGCCCCUUCCUUGUCUGCCAGGAACAUUCUGUAACAUCUCAGGUUUGGCUUCACCGACGGGUCCCUGUUCUCCAGGUUAUUAUUGUAAAGGAGGAGCCACUGAGGCCAAGCCAACAGACAGACAAACAGGCAGCAUCUGUCCAAGUGGGACAUACUGCGUUGAAGGGUCUGGAGAACCACAGUUAUGUCCCGUUGGCACAUUUUCUUCAGUGCCCGGUCUAACCAGCAGGGCCGACUGUCAACCUUGUACCAAAGGGUUCUACUGCAGUAGACCGGGCCUCAGUACACCAACUGGGCCCUGUGAUCAAGGUUAUUGGUGCCCCCCCGGUCAAAUUUCUGCAACAGCUUUUAUAUGUCCACUUGGUCAUUUUUGCCUUAUGGGUAGUGCAGCACCAGAACCUUGUCCAUCGGGAACAUACCAGGACAGAGAGACGCAAGCUAUCUGCAUGACAUGUGAAGCAGGUUACUACUGCGAUCUCAGGCUGAGUCCAGCCAAUGGAUCUUUGCCGAGACUCUGUCCGAAAGGACAUUACUGCCCUGCAGGCACAAGCAUGUCCAAGGAGUACCCGUGCCCCAUAGGCUCAUUCAACCCAAGAGAGCAUGUGGACAGCCUUUCAGGCUGCAUGCCAUGUCCUAGUGGACAUUACUGUCCUUCGCUUGGACUUUCAGAGCCGGCAGGAUCAUGCCUUGCUGGUUUUUUGUGCAAAGGUGGAGCAUCGUCUCCGACCCCUGUGGACGGACUUUCUGGUUCAAAAUGUCCUCUUGGUCAUUACUGCCCAGCAGGUAACACAGCUCCUAUGGAAUGUCCCAUGGGCAGCUGGUCAAACAGUACAGGCCUGCACACACAAGAGGAUUGUCAACCUUGUCUUGCUGGAUUUUACUGUGACAGAACUGGGCUGACUUCCCCUACUGGACGCUGCCUUGAAGGGUUUUAUUGUCUUGGGGGAGCUGUCACACCCACACCUACCGAUGGAAUGACAGGAGGACCUUGUCCUGAAGGCUCCUACUGCCCCGAAGGGACUGCUGAACCAAUACCUUGUGAUCCGGGGACAUAUGUUGCCGUUACACAUGCCACUCAGUGUCAGCCCUGUCAUCCAGGCUGGUACUGUGUGAAUGGCACCUUGCAUCUGUGCCCUCCAGGCUUCUACUGUCCCGAAAGAACUGGCCUUGACUUGAGAAGAUGUCCAGAGGGAACAUAUGGUCCCGAUCCCGGAUAUUGGUCUGUCUCUCAAUGCAAACAGUGUGAUGGUGGCCAUUACUGCUCCUCCACAAAUGGCACAGCUGUCAGUGGAGCGUGUCAGGAAGGAUAUUACUGCUUACGUGGAAACACCGCUCCUCGACCCUUCUCGCAGGCUACGGGAGAGGGGGGGCCCUGUCCUGUUGGCCAUUACUGUCCCCAGGCCAGUAUCCAUCCUCUGCCCUGUCCUCGUGGUACUUUCUCUAACCUCACCAAAUUAACUUCCCAGGAGGAUUGUGAGCCUUGUCUCCCUAGUUACUACUGUGACGCUGCUGGCCUCUCUGCACCUUCCGGAAAAUGCUUGGAAGGUUUCUUCUGCACUGGGGGUGCGGCUCGGCCCGACCCACGUUCGCUAGAAGACGGUGGCAGACUGUGCCCAAAAGGUUAUUACUGUUCCGAGGGCUCUGCGACUCCUCAGCUCUGCCCUCUGGGAACCAUCAGCACAGAGGACGGCCGAGCCAGCUGCAGCGCCUGUCCCCAGGGGUUCUAUUGUCCUGGAAGUAGUAAUGGUUCUUUCUAUGAGUGUCCAAUGGGUCAUUACUGCCCAGUUGGAACAUGGUCCAAAUUCCUCUACCCAUGUCCAGCUGGGUCCAUCAAUCCCUUCACUCAGAUGGCAAAGGCCGAGGACUGCCUUCCAUGCCCGCCAGGUUUGUUCUGUGCAUCACGCGGGAUGGCUGUUGCAUCAGGACAGUGUAAGGCUGGUUAUUACUGCACUGCAGGGUCUUGGUCACCCACACCGGCCGAUGACGGGUUGACAGGAGACCGCUGUCCUGAGGGCCAUUAUUGCCCCCAGGGCUCCUCGGCUCCAUUAGCUUGUCCCAUAGGACAUUACAGCAACCAAACCAGGAACAGUCAAAUAUCGGACUGCCUGCCGUGUCCUUCAGGGUUCCUCUGUACCACCAGAGGGCUCUCUUUCCCUUCUCUCAUGUGCUCAGCAGGGUUCUACUGUCCGAGCUUCAAUGCAUCAAUACCUUGCCCUUCUGGGAACAGGUGUCCACCUGGAUCUCACAGACCAGUACCCUGUUUGCCUGGGACCUUUCAAAAUCAACCUGGGCAAGCUGACUGUGUUACAUGCCCAGCGGGAUUUUACUGUGCCGGCUUCAUGGAUGUCGCAGGCAAUAUGUCCUGGAUUUUAACUCCCACGCUGUGCCCGAAAGGACACUAUUGCCCACCAGGGUCACAGUCUGGUGUAGCAUUCCCAUGCCCAGUUGGUACCUUCAGUGACCAUAUGGGUUUGUCCUUUGAGUGGGGCUGCGAACUCUGUCCUCCUGGUGCGUACUGUGCUUCCUCUGGAUUGGUAGCCCCCAGUGGGCUCUGCUCUGCUGGUUACCUCUGCAUCCACGGGUCCGUCUCUGCCCAGCCUGAGGACGGACGAACUGGGGGGCGGUGCCCUGCAGGGUAUUACUGCCCAAAGGGUGCCAGCAUUAUGGUUGCAUGUCCUGCAGGCACUUUUAGCUCCAUCGAAGGCGCAUCGUCUGUGGAUGACUGUCAGCUUUGUUUGCCUGGCCAUUACUGUGCCCAAGUUGGCCUCUCGUCCCCAUCUGGACCCUGCAAGCCUGGAUUUUACUGCAUGGAGGGGUCCACAACUCCCACACCCUUUUUUAAUAUGACAGGAGGUGGUGUAUCUCCAUUUGCAAUUCCUGAUGAAUCAACUCCGGCUCAGUUCCGUGGAGCCGUGUGUCCUGCUGGCCACUAUUGUGUUGAAGGGAGCAUGAAACCAAGAGCUUGUCCCCCAGGCACUUUCCAAGGGAAGGUGGGGGCUGAGUCGGAAGACGACUGUGAAGCCUGCUACCCGGGGUCCUACUGCCCUUCUUGGGCCCAGACCUCUGUCAAGCUCUUCUGUCCUCCAGGUUGGUUCUGCCCAUUGGGGUCCGUGUCUGGAAAUCAGUCAGGAUAUCAGUGCCCGCCUGGCCAUGCGUGUCCAUAUGGUAGUGCUAAACCUUCCAUCUGUGACCCCGGAACAUUUCAAUCAUCAUCUGGACAAUCUGCAUGCAACAGCUGCCCACCAGGUUUUUACUGCACGGAGGGUGCAUCGGUGCCAUCGCCGUGUCCGAGGGGCACUGUCGGUCCGUCACCCGGUAUGACGUCCCUCAGUGACUGCACUUCUUGCCCCCGAGGAAACUUCUGCAACAGCACCGCUCUGACUGAGCCGUCUGGAGCCUGCAGCCCAGGAUAUUUUUGUUUACUUGGGUCCACUGAGCCGUCUCCUGUCUCCCAGCCUCAUGGAGAUAUUUGCCCCCCUGGACACUUCUGCCUUCCGGGUAGUGAAUCACCCAAACCCUGUCUUGUUGGCACUUUCCUUCCUGAGCCAGGUGCUUCCUCCAUGUCUCACUGCCGCCCCUGCCCACCUGGGAAAUACUGCCUUGGUCCCGGAGCCUCACAGCCUACAGGUUUGUGUUCUGCGGGAUUCUUUUGUACCGUAGGUGCAGCCAGUCCAACACCACGAGCCAACUCCUUUCAGUUCAGCUGUCUUCAUGCAAUACUUCGGGAAGUAUACCUAAUAAAGAUGGAGAAUGUGUCCUGGAUGGACAACAUGUCAUGUUUCCACAACUCCUGCAAUACAGAGAGAGACUCCAAGUUGGUCAAACUGGAUACUCAGUCAGAUUCACACCAUUCACCGCUACACCUCAAGAGUCCCCAUUAUGGGAAAUGUGCCACAUUUAGAGGAGAUAUAUGCCCCAAGGGUUUUUAUUGUCCUGUGGGUUCUGCCUACCCGCAGCUUUGUGAGAGGGGCUCUUACUGUAACCAAACUGGCCUCGAAGCCCCAGUUGGACCCUGUGUUGCAGGAUACUACUGCCCAAGAGGUUCUGAAGACCCCCAUGCCUCCCUUUGCCCUGCAGGGCACUACUGCCCACUUGGAACACCUUUUCCGCUUGCCUGCCCUCUUGGGACAAUACAAAACUCUGUUGGUGGGUUCUCAGCGGAGUCAUGUCAGCUGUGUCCUGCGGGUCAUUACUGUCAUCAGAUCGGCUCGAGUGAGCCAAGUGGCCAGUGUGCAGACGGCUACUACUGUCCUCCGGGACAGAGCUCAGAGAGACCACAACAGCAUGCCUGCCCAGUGGGACACUACUGUGAGAAGGGCAGUGUGGAACCAACACCUUGCCAUCCGGGCAGCUACCAGCUGAGAAAGGGCCGGCGAAGCUGUGAGAAUUGCUCUCCUGGGUUCUACUGUCAAGGUCAAGGAACUACCUCUGCAGUUCUCUGCGAGAGAGGUUUUUACUGUCCGAGUAAAUCAGCAACUCCACGCCCCUGCCCAGCGGGCUCCUAUGGAAAUCUGACAGGCUUGAUUGAAGCACGGCAGUGCUCUUUGUGCGACCCUGGAAUGUACUGCCGAGGAUCAGGGAGGUCUUUUCCAAGUGGCCCGUGCGCUGCAGGGUUUGUUUGCGUUGGGGGAGCCUCUGAACCAUCCCCAGUGGACAAUGUGACUGGCUUCCCGUGCCCUCGUGGUUUCUUCUGCUCUGCUGGGAUUUUGGUACCACAGCCAUGCCCCAAAGGAACAUUCAGUGACCAGAGUAGGUUGACGGAUGAAUCGCAGUGUCGUCAUUGCAGCCCAGGCUUCUACUGCUCAGAGACGGGCCUCUCGGCAGUGUCUGGACCCUGCCUAGCUGGGUUUUACUGUCUCGAGGGAUCACAGAGGGCUGCACCAAUAUCAAGUGUAUCUGGAGGCAUUUGUCCAGCCGGCCACUACUGUCCAGAAGGCAGUACUGUCCCCUCACCCUGCCCAACUGGCUCCUUCCGAAAUGAGACCGGAGGAAAAGGCAAAGACGACUGCAAGCCUUGCCUUCCUGGUUUCUACCAAGAUUUCUCAGGCCAGAUUGAGUGUAGACGCUGUCCUCCCGGAUUCCACUGUGAGACUCUCAGACUUAGCUCAACCAGGGGGAGUUCUUCUGGACUAUCCAGUCCUUUGCCCUGCCCUGUUGGUUUCUUUUGUCCCAGGGAAAGUCCCGAUGGAAGGCCUGUUCCUUGCCCCAAAGGCACAUAUGGGCCCAGUCAGGGUCUCACCUCUAAAGGUGAGUGCUUAGCCUGUCCUGCAGGUCUGUUCUGCGGAUCUGAAGGUUUAGCGGAACCCUCUGGAUGGUGCCUGGAUGGAUUUCUUUGCCUGAUUGGAGCCAUGGUCCCAAACCCCAUUGACAACACGACUGGGUCUCUUUGUCCACCUGGCAGGUUUUGCCAAGAGGGGCUUAAAGCGGGAAACUGUUGGUCUGGAUUUUAUUGUGGCUGGGGUUCGAGCAAGGCAGAUCAGACUCUUUGUCCGGCUGGUUUCUUUUGCCCUCGUGGAACACCAGCCCCCGUUCCCUGUCCCGCAGGAACAUUUAGCUCUAUUCCAGGCAACUCGCACCUGAGCAACUGUACUCAAUGUACUGCUGGAUACUACUGUGAAGUUGAAGGGACUGUGCAGCCCAAACUGUGUCCCGCUGGCUAUUACUGUCCACCAGGAAUGACACAAGGAAUGGGCUUACCCUGUCCAAUCGGUACCAUUCAGAACCAGUUUGGUGCUUCAAGCCUUGACGCUUGCCUUCCCUGCCCUGCUGGAAUGUUUUGUUCCCAGCCUGGUCUUUCCCAUCCCACAGGAUUGUGUGAGGCUGGAUAUUAUUGUCCAAGUGUAUCCACCAGCAAUCUCUCUUCUGAAUAUCAGAAUAAUUCUACCAGGAGUCAUCUUUGUCCUCCUGGCUACUAUUGCCCCGCUGGAACGAAAAAUCCAAUUCCGUGCCCUGCAGGCUCUCUAUCCGUCUCCCGAGGUCUAAAGGUCGUUGAUGACUGCCCUCCUUGCCCCCCUGGACAGUUUUGUGAUAGACCUGCAAGUACACAGCUCUCUGAUGCUCUCCCAUGUCAUGCCGGUUAUGUUUGCCUUGGCGGCAAUACUAGUCCCACCCCGUCUGACGGUUUCCAUGGCUACCGUUGCCCUGCUGGCCACGCCUGUCCUAUUGGGUCAGCCACAGCGCUGCCAUGCGAGCCUGGCACCUACAGCCCAGUUUCCGGAGCCGGCGAGUGCAUUGUAUGCCCCAGAGGAAUGAUGUGUUCCUCCUCAGCCACCUUGGAGCCCGCCAUCUGCCCACUCGGUCACUAUUGUCCCGUUGGAACAGCCCUGCCUCAACCUUGCCCUUUAGGGACUUUCAACAAUCAGACAGGCGCACACUCCCCCUCACUCUGCACAACUUGUCCUCCUGGAUUGUACUGCAGCACAUAUGGGGCCUCAUCACCACAAGGUUCUUGUUUGCAAGGCUAUUUUUGCAAGGGUGGAGCCACGGGACCAACUCCACAAAACUCAGAUAACUUCCCUGACAAUGAGCCUUGCCCUGCAGGUCGCUACUGCCCGGCGGGGUGCCUCUCUCCAAUUCCUUGCCCUAUUGGCAGCAUCCGCAACACUACUGGAGGCGUGUCAAUGGAGACCUGUCCUGCAGGUCACUACUGCUCUGCCGAAGGUCUCAUUAGCCCUAGUGGGCCCUGUGCGGCUGGUUUCUACUGCCCUUUUGACUUCUCUUCAACCACUCCAUAUGCCUUCCCGUGCCCCAAGGGCCACUACUGCCCACAAGGUUCGCCUCUUCCCCUACCAUGUCCCAGUGGAGAGUACCAGCCAAAUCCAGGCUCAGACUACUGCAUCCCCUGUCGACCUGGCUUCUUUUGUGAGGAGCCCAUUAUAGGAGAGCCUCAAAUCUGCCCACCACAUUUCUUCUGCCCAGCAGGUACCAUGGUGCCUCAUCCAUGCCCGAAUGGAUCAUACAGUGAACCAAACAAGGGAGGACUACAGGAGGCCCGGGAGUGUUUACCCUGUCCUCCAGGGCGAUUCUGCAGAGCUGGUAAGAUACAAGGCAUGUGUGCUGCAGGGUAUCUUUGCAUCUCUGGGAGUGCAGAUUUCACCCCUCAGGGAUCAUUACCCGACCUGACCCAGUGUCAGUGGGGUGUGCAGUGUGCUGGGCCAUGUCCACCAGGCUUCUACUGUCCUGAGGGCACUGAAAAGGCUGUGAUGUGUCCUGAAAACACCGUCAGAAAUUACUCAGGCGGUGCCAGCGCACAGGACUGUUUAACAUGUCCAACUCGACACUGGUGCCAAGCUGGAGAGCCGAGUCCUCGUCUGUGCCCCGCUGGUCAUUACUGUAACGGUUUUUCUGAAGCUGACAGUGAUGGAUGGAGCGGGCCCAAGCCUUGUCCCGUGUACACCUAUCGAGCCUCUCCCGGAGCGGGCAGUAAGAGCGACUGCCUUCCCUGCCCUCCCGGUUCCCACUGCAACAGCACAGGGCUUGCAGACUAUUCCAACACUCCUUGCCCACCUGGAUUCUGGUGUAGCGGCUCUGGAGCGCCCAUCUUCUGCCCAGCGGGCACCAAGAGGAGGUUUCCUGGUGCUGCUGACCCAAGCCAAUGUGAGCCUUGUGCUGGGGGGACCUAUUGCCCAGACCCUCAGGCUACGGGGAAGCCCAAUGUGGAGGGCAUCCCAUGCAGGGCCUCUUACGAAUGCCCCAUGGGGUCAGCCUCAGAGAAGUUGUGCAGAGCUGGCUCAUACUGUGGACCACGGACUGCUGAGUCUCAAAUCUGUCCAGCGGGUUAUGUUUGUACAGCAGGGUCACAUUCCUACAAUCUUCCCGAACAACUCUGCCCCUUUCCCUUCUACUGCCCAGCCAACAGCUCUUCAAUGAAGUCUUGCGAUGGAGGCUCAAAGCCUGUCAAUGCCAGCGAGCUUCGAGGAUCCAAAAAGUGCUGCUGCAGUGUAUGUGAGGGUGGCACCUAUCGACCUUACCUAUCAACUGUCUUACAAUGUCUGCGGUGCCCUCCAGGAUACUUCUGCCCACCAGGCACAGACGACUACAAGCGCAAUUCUUGCCCUGAGGGAUACGUAUGUCCAUCUGGAUCCAUACGGCCGACACCUUGUCCCCCUGGCUCCUUUGGCAAUCUGAGCAAAGCGCAGACACUCACGAGCUGUCACUCAUGUCCGGCUGACACCUUCAACCACCUAGAUGCACAGAGAGCCUGCUUCCCUUGUGGCAGCUCCUCCACUUCGCCACCAGGUUCUUCGUCUUGUACCUGCAUUGGCAAAAAUCGCUCUUUUCAGCGCUCGGAUGGUGCAUGCUUGUGUAGGACUGGCUUCAUCUUUUAUAACGAGCUGGAUUUCAAAAGCACUACUUCUGAUAGUUCGCUGGACUGCCAGCCUGAGAUGUAUAUGAGGUGCGGUCCAGGCCAGGUUAGGCUGGCUGCAUCCAGAGAGUGUGUAUCACCUUCCCUUUACUCCUGUAAUGUAACCUGUGGAUCAAAUGGAGGAACUCUUGAUGUGGAGAUGGGCAUCUGCCACUGUAAGCGAUACGUGUCUGCUGAGGAGCUUUGCAACACUUCCUGCCGCUCCAAAAUGCCUCAACUCUCGGCCCGUUUCUCUCCGGAUGGACGUUUGUUCCUCAGCAUCAAAGAGAAUGACAGCACACUCUGGGUCAAAACUUUAGUGGAUGUUUUCGGACCAGAUCCCCUUCCAAAGAAUAUCGGCAAAAUCCAUUUGGUUGAGUUUGACUCUCAAGGAGUGUUUGGUUGGAUUCCCAAACAAAGAGAGGACAUUGAAAUGUUUCUUUCCGAUGCCCGGGCUCCCACACGGAGAAAGAGGAGAAGUGCAGAAGACCAUGAGUGGGACUUGCCUGUCCUUCCUCGUAUUCCAAACCCUGUUGCUUGUCUCUCCACUGGUGAUAUGCUAAUUUUCCAUCUAACCAUUAACCACACAGAUCGCAGUCUGAGCCACUUCCCGUUCUAUGAGAAAGACCACUUGUUUAACAAUAACCCCAGCUGGGACUUUGGAGUCUUCAGACGUGUGCAGACACUCAUCAAGCAGUCAAAUCUGAAUAACACGUGGUUUGCCCAUGCUUUUUCGGAAACGGGGAAAUAUGUCUUUCUGGACAGCGCGGUCCCAGAUUGGAGUUUGGUGGUCGUGGUAAGUGAGGAUGGGACAGAAUGUGAUCGCCGGGCCUCGGCCUUCCAGGCAAUGACCCCAGCACAGCUUGUCAGUUAUGGAGUCAUCAAGCAGCACCAACUAAACCUUUUACCGGAUUGGAGAACAAUUGCAGGCCUCCUGAGUCUGCUCUUAGUCGUCGUAGUGGCCGUGACCACAACAUUUGUGGUUCUUUGGCCCAGCAAAUCCAAGGUGGUGUCCCAGUGGAGGACAAAGCCCAAGUGGCGCAGCCUUGGAGACCCCCCGCGUCCUGUAGAGUGCUCAUGCAGUGGAGACGGUUUAUGUGGCUCUCCAGGCAGUCGAGGUGUUGGAGAGGGAGCCGAAGCUGAGGAGCCCACUAUCUCUAAAGGAAUUGUAUCGGUGUUCUGCGAUUUGGAGGAGUUCAAUGUGAAGACGUUGUAUGACAAAUUGGAAGAUCAAAACCUUCACGUGGCCUCGCAGCUGGCGCGACAUCGCAAGGAUACGCAGCAGUUUUACCGGAACAUUGUUCAACAGAUUGACGCCCUACAGAAUGUAUUUGAAGAAAUGGAUGGUAAAAAUCUGAAUCUCCUAAAACGACUACUAGCAUCUCAGAAUUCGACGAGGUCGAAACCAUACAACAAGUCUGUUAAAAAGAUGAAUGAUGAAGUUGGUGAAUCCUCAGCAUUACUGGAAGCUGUUCUCAAAUCUGUGGAGGCACUCUUAUGGAAGCUAAACCAAGAGACUUGGCAGCCCUGUCUCUCACAGAUCCACAGCAAGCCCCCUGAUGCCAUGGAAUAUGAACGACAAACUCAGACCAGUAACAUCAAGACAACACCGGUUUCAUCUCUAAAUUCGACCCAAACGGAAGCACUUCCCCACGAUGCACUCCAUUUACAGACGCCUGCUCCUCGUCUCAAUGAUGUGGAUUUAUCCAAGCUAGUCAGCAUAUCUCCCUUGUAUAAGACUUUACAAGAGAUCCAGCAAUCCCUGCAAAAUCUCAACCCAGCUGAUCCCGUUCAGUUUCUCCCCAAUGUGAUCUGUAAUUCAUCCCAAGCGAAGCCUAAAGUGCCACUCGUUCCAACUGCGCUGGACAGCCUCUCUCCCCAGCACUCCGCUGUUUUCCUAUUUGGCUGCCGGGUCAUGGAAGUGCUUGAGAAAUGCUCCUUGUUCCCCUCCUCCGUGCUCCUCACAUUGACCAAGUCUCUCCCACCUUCGCCAUCAUGCUCUGAUAACAGCCUGCUGGCACACUGCAGGGGGGACUUUUAUUUUGACGCCGGCCAUCAAGUUCUUUAUCUGUCCGAGGCUAAGCUCGAGCACGUGGGGCAUUUUAUCGCCACCAUUCUUCAAUCCAUGGCUCACAUAGCGUCAGGAAAUGAUGCCCAGUGCUUCAUGCUGGCUCUUCAUGAGGCUGUCUCGGCUCUGAGUCUCCAACUAUUCAGCAUGUCUUUCAAACAGAGCACAGCAGAGGGUGCACUGAGUGAGGAAUUUACCAACAUCAGAUUCCCCGAAGAAGCGCACUUCACUGAGCAUCUAUUAGAUGCAAGAGUGGAGCAAUACAAGAAUUGUAUGUUAGAGCAGCUCUUUGCAAAUCUCCCACAAAAUACAACUGAGGAGAUUCAGACAGCUUUACCAGAAUACGGGACUCCAAUGGAGAUGUCCUGUGUGCAAGAGGAGAUAGACCGCAUGAACGAAGGCUUCUUGGAGAUCAGCAGACAGCUGCAGGCGAGAGCUCGUGGGAGCAUGAUGAAAGAGAAAGAAGACCAAUCUGUGAAUGCAGCUCCACCAAGCCUCAGUCCUAAUGGAACAAUCCUAUUAGAUUUGAAGAGACGUUAUAUAUCACAGCGCCUCGAUGAGCUCCAAAUCACAUUGGAGCGCAUCGGGCAGCAGCAGCAGCGAAGAAGCAAGUCCAGCGCUGGGACAAACACGUGCAGCAACGCCACUCAGCAGGCGUCGGCAGCGAGCUGUGCUGGCACGGAACAUUUGUGAUUCCUCCUGCGGUAUUCCAACUGGCCGCAGUCGAGGCCAGGAACCAGCGGAGACAGAGGUCUUGAUAAGAGUGACCUUGAGAGUCACAUUUCAGCACAAGAGAGUUGACUCCAGAGUUGAAACUUUGACACGCUACCGGGCUCACACAUACCACAGAGUCCACACAUGCUGAAUAAUUGACAUCUUAGUUUAAAAUAAAAACAACAAAGACAUGUGACCAGCUUGUGAUUCGGACAAAAUAUAGUUUUCCUUUUUGACUGGCCUCAAUGUUAGUUACAUCUGCUCAAUCAGUUUUACGCACACUAAAAAGACCAAAUAAAAGGAAAUCAGAACCAUUUCAAACAAUAGUCUUAUUAACAUUUUUCCCCCUCAAUAUUGCGAUUGCGAUCUAAUAGGCGAUAUUUUUUUCCCAUGGUCAUCCACCCUUGUAUUUUUCAAGAGACAGUCAAUAAAUGUAUCUGUAUUACAAUAAACAAUUGUAGAAUUUACAGGUUAGGUUGAAAAAACUAAGCGGAAUGAACCAGGAACGAAUAUGAAAGACUGUUUGUUUUCCUUAAUUGGAGUUAACUUACUCAACUCUUUGACUUGACACUUUGGCAGUAUUGUUUCAGUGUUCACUACAACUUGUACUUGACAAGUGAGGCGGAAAGAUAGUGGAAGUCACGGAAUCAGAGUACAGUCCAACAAUAAUGCAAACACAUCUGUGGCUUGAGCACUUCGUUUCAUGAAACGAUAUGUAAACAUGUUGACUGGGCACAAUGCAAAUCAAUACUUCCGUAUUUCUUGUAUGUUGUUCAAAUCGUUGAUGUCGACUUGUUUGAUAGGCCCUUCAUUAGUAUCCUCGAAUUAAGACAAUAAACAUCAU